AUGGCCAGCGACGCCGCGCUCGCGCCGCUCACUUCGAGGCUGCGGCACGGCAAGCCGAUCCACAUCGGUGUGCUCGGCGCCUCAGUCGCAGCCGACGGAGGCUGCCUGGAGCAGAAGUACGCUCGCUGCAUGACACCACGCUUCCAGCGAGAGGGCAUGUGGGUGCACGCGCUGCGAGUCAUCAAUCAGUCCUGGCCGCACGCCGAGCACAAGCUCUACAACGGAGCAGUCGACGCGACUCCGGCGCAGCAGUUCCGGCAAUGCAUGCACGGGCUGCUGCCGCCAAGCCCUCAUCUCAUCUUUCUCGAGUUUGGCUCGAUGGCGCGCCACCUCAACCUUGCCCAGACCGAACUGCUCGUCCGGCAGCUCCUCUCGUUGCCGUCGGCGCCCGCGUUGGUCUUCUUCACGGUCCGCGAGUUCUGCGCGACCGCGCACCUCGCGUGGAAGAUGAAGCACACGCCGCACAAAGAGGAGCCCGACCUGCCCGCCGACAAGGGCCCGCACGCGAGGGCGGAGCACGCUUUUGAGUCGCUUUGCGAGCAGUACGACCUCACCUGCCUCUCCUACUACCACGCCUUUGCACCACUAUAUUUGCAGCGCGCGGCCAACUUCACACGGGCGGACGUCGCCGCCGACUGCCUCCACCCGACGACGGGCCGCUUCGGCGCCGCGUACGCGCGCGCCAUUGUGCGGCACUGGAUCGGUCGGGCGGCGGCGUCUCGUCUGGCUCCCGGUAGUCACCAGCACCAGCGGCGUGAACUCCCUCCGCCGGCGAUGGAGGGGACGCGAGCACUGCUGCAGUCGGGGAAGCUGCACCCCGGCUCGGCGCGCUGCUUUGCCUUCCGGAGCGUCGAGAGCGCGUCGAGCGGGAAGGCGCGCUCGCGCGCAAGAGUGGAGCAGAUGCGGUGGCGGUCGGCGCACUGCGGCACGGGCGAGUCGAUGGGUCAGUGCGUCCACUCCCACCCGUCGAACCACCCGGGCGAGCGCACGUCGUGCCCGGUGUCGCGGAGCGUGGGCGCCGCCCCCGCCUCCUCUGUGCGGCAUGGCUGGUUCGCCUGCGACUACGCGCUCGUCUUCAACCGCACGUCGGGCGAGUACGUGCGAGGCAAGCGCACCGAUGGCGUGGUUGCCCUCCGGCCGGGCGCGACGAUCGAGUUUGGGGUGGCGGUGGAGGCGUGGCGCCCGCUGCGGCGCAAGAAGCCGCUCGAGACCGGGCGAGGCGCGGCGAAUCUGCCGCGCGCGUGCGCGACGCUGCACUACCUCACCUCGUAUGAGAGGCAAGGUCGGGCCGCGGUGUCGUGCUUUGGCUCCUGCCGAUGCGACCCGUUUGUGCUAGACGCGCACUCGCGGCCGAGCAGGGGGGGGCGGCGGGUGUCAAUCACAGCCGAGCGCGGCGUCGAGCUCUCGGUGAGCAACGACUCGAGCCGGCCAUCCGACGGUGCCUCCUCCACCUCCAUCCAGCGCCGCUCCACCGGUGAAGCGAGCUGCUACAUGCGGCUGCGCCUCCUCAACGAGACCUCCUCUGGCGGCCACCACUUCAAGCUGCAAAUGCUCACUCACACUGAGCCACAACACACAAAGAUCAUGGGGCUGGCCGUGGGGCUGGGGGCGCGUGUGGUCGGCCCGAUUGCUGUGCGGCAGAUCCCAGGGUCGGGCCGCGGCUUCGUGGCAGCUCGCGACAUCUCGCCCGGCCAAGUCCUGAUAUGGGAGCAGCCCUUUGUGCCAUGGCCGUCGGCCGAACGCGAGCCGCUCUCGCUGCUGCAGUCCGUGCUCCGGCGCAGCGCGGUGGAGCGACGGGUCGCCCUGGCCGCGCUCUCGCGGCUGCACCCGAUGGAGCUGCGCAGCGUGUCUGCCUUUGACCGGCCGCGGCUGGAGGAGGAGCACUGCGCGUGCGUCGACGCGCUGCUGCAGGAGCCGGGCGCGGCCGACCUCGGCGGCGAGGGCACGAGCGGGCUCGGCGACGAGGGCAGGCGGGCCGAGCUGCUGCGGCUUUGCCUCGUGUGCCGCUGGAACGCGUUUGCCUCGGGCCUGUUCCUGCACCAGUCCAUCUUCAACCACGCGCCCUCGCGACGCGCCAACGCCGACAAGGCCGCGCUGCAUGCCGGCAAGCUGGAGUAGACAGAGAGGCGGAACAGAGUGUCUGUCUAGCGACUAGACACGCGGCUUCAGGGCUGAGGUUGACAAAGGCACGGAGGGAGCGACACAGAGACAUCUACGACCGUUCACGCUCACACCCCUGGAAAACGAACCCACUCUUGGAGGGUCCCUCACUGUUGUGAAGCCCCCCCCCCCACUGUGAAGGCCCCCCCACACACACACACACUCGGGGCGUAGCAUAUGAUUGGACCCUCUCGUCUUUAGGCGCUUACGCCGCCCAAACGAGCAGUAGGAGCUCGGGCACAACUUUGUCGACUAACAGGUUGAAGAGGUAGACGCCCGAGGGUGGGCGACGGCUAGCACCACACUUCUCCCCUAAAAUCCCUGUGUGGUGGCGGCGUGCCGUCCUCCCAUCCCUCCCUUGGCAUGUCCGUUUUCUUUCUUUCUUUUUUUCGAUGCGGUGACUUGAG